UGUCUGCUGAGAACCCAGUUAUUUAGGCAGUAUAAUCAGCAGUAAUAUCAUUGUCUUUCUUUCGCCCAUUUUUUCUCAAUUUCCUUCCUUUUCCUUGUAUUUUAGUUUUCUUCUUAUCGUCAUCAAUAGCUUCUGCCUUUGUUAAUUUAAUUCUUCAUUACUAAGAUAUUAAGGGUUAAGUGGUAGAGCAGAUGUAUCACAUGUUCAUGCUGUUCAAGCCCUCUUAGGCUUCUGGCUACAAUAUAGUUUUUUUUGCCGUUUUAUAUUGCUUUAUGGCACUUAUUAUUAUUAUUAUUACACAACGUAGGUGUCCUAUAUGACGAUCACGAUCUUAGUGCACUCGGAGUGGCCACCGAGUGACAGAUUCUCGCGGGAAACUUAAUCGAGAAUAUAUAGGCAGCCAUGUUAGUUUGGCGUCCCGCUAAUACAGGGGUACGUUCAUUAAUUACAACGAGCGGUAAUGUAAAUGACGUCAGUGUAAGGUGAUAUUUACCCAAGAGUCACACCGGCCACUUUUCAAUUGAAUUUUUUUCUAAAAUGGAAAAUGAAAUGUUGGUUGCAACAGCCUUUACUUUAAGUGCCCAAGUGAUGUUGGAUAUACCCAUAAGUUUAUCAGAUGAAGAUAGUAACAUAAGCACUGAAGAAGAGGAAGUAAUCAUAUCAGCAAGUAAAAAGCGUAAAUUACAUACACCUCAACGUAUUAGAAAUUAUAUGGAGCACAUUGUUGGAGGGUACACAGCUCAACAGUUUCAGCAACAUUUUAGAAUAUCUAUUGAUGCGUAUGAGCACAUUCUAAGUGCACUUGGACCGCAAUUGCAAAAAACGGACCCAAUUGGAAGAUCUCCCAUAAAUAUUGAGAAACAAAUAUUGGCUGUUAUAUGGCUGUUGGCUACACCGGAUUCAUAUAGAUCUGUGGGUGAUCGUUUUGAUUUGGCAAAGUCAUCGCUGUCAGUUUGUUUCCUGCGAAUUAUUAAAUUACUUAAUCAGUUAGCACCCAGAAUUAUAAAAUGGCCCGAAAGGCAACAAUUGGCAGUAAUUAAGCGACGAUUUUCUGUUCUGGCUGGUUUAAAUAAUGUUAUUGGUGCUGUUGAUGGUGCAUAUAUACAAAUUAAAGCCCCAAAAGAAGAUUCAGAGUCAUACAUAACUAGGAAGUGUAAUUAUGCAUUUACACUACAAGCAAUAGCCAUCCCUUCUCUACAAUUGACUGAUGUCUUCAUUGAAUAUCCCGGAUCUGUGAGUGAUCACAGGAUAUUCAGAAAUUCAGACAUUUACAGAGCCAUAAUAAAUAAUGUAGAGCAAUAUUUUCCCGAAAACGAAUUUAUAAUUGGUGAUAAAGCUUAUCCAAUUUUAAAUUGGUGUAUUCCACCAUAUAUCAAUAGAGGAAACUUAACUGCUGCUCAAGUACAUUUUAAUACUAUACAUGCCCAAACACGACAAGUAAUUGAAAGAACAUUUGCAUUUUUAGUUGGAAGAUUUAGACGCCUUAAAUUUCUCGACAUGAAUCGGCAUGAUUUGAUUCCGUCCACUGUUUUAGCUGCAUGUGUUUUGCAUAAUAUUUGCCUAAAUUUUAAUGAUUUAUUAAUAGAAGACUAUGUUGGUGAUGGACUUGCUGAUGUGGUUAAUAAUGGAAAUGAUGAUGAUGCAGCACACCAAUUAGGAAGAGGGCAACAACAUCGAGACCAUAUUUGUCGUGAAGUAUUUAGAAAUCAAAAUAGAAUUAACGAAUAACCUAUUUAUUGUUAUAGUUUAUUUGUCAACAUUGUUUUGCUUGUCUUUGUCAUUUUUAUUGAUUGAUUUUAUAAGUUCAUCCAUUUUAGUGCUAAAUAUAUUAACAGCUUUUGUUCUAAUA